AUGCUCCCAAUAUUAACAACUAGAAUCAGCUUCAUUCCAAGAUUGCAAACUAUCAGAACGGUAUACGGCUUCUCUAGGAUCGGCUGCAGAGACAUUGUAGGUCAUGGAAUAAAUGGUUCUGCGAAUUACAAGGACGAUGCACUUUUUCCGUUCCCAGCAGUGAGAUUUAAGGAAAACACAAGAGAAGUGUGUGCUCUCAGAGAAAAGGAGAGAGGUGACUGGAGAAUGUUGUGCUGUGAGGAGAAAAAAGCGUUGUACCGCGCUUCCUUCUGCCAAACCUUCGCAGAAUUCAAAGCGCCAACUGGACAAUGGAAAUUCAUCAUGGGCUGGGUCUUUAUUGUAGUAUCUUUUGGCUUCUGGGCGUCUAUGUUCUGUCAUUAUUAUGUGUUCGAGCCACUACCUAGCUCGUUCUCCAAGUCAUCGCAGAAGGCACAGUUGCGCAGAAUGUUGGAACUGCACGUGAAUCCCAUUGACGGCAUCUCCUCUAAAUGGGACUACGAUAACGACAAGUGGAAGUAAUCUACUACGAAUAAAAGGAAUUAAUUUAGUUACGUGUUUGAUAUAUGACUCCGUCAAAGUAGAAUAUAUAUUUUACUUAUAAUUUAUCGUCUUCAAAUAAAUUAUGCAUGAAAUUAA